UUCACAUGUGAGAAAAGUCCUAUGUCUACUUCAAAACAUUCAUUAUUAGAGGUACCUAAAUCAAGAAACAACAGCUUCCACUAUAUUACAAGGUCUAAAAUUUUAUGGGAUUAUUUUUUCUGAUUGGUUUGCUCUAGGGUUUUCUUGAAUGAAUUAAUUGGGGAUCUUUCAAUUUUUGUGCAAGUUUCUCAGAAAAACUGGACCCUUUACUUUGUUUAGUAGUAAAGUUGGAUUUUUUACUAGAAUUUUGGGGUAAAAAAUUUGACGGGAUAUUUUUUCUGGUUGGUCUGCUCUUGAAUUUUCAUGAAGGAAUCAAUUGGUGAUCUCUAAGGGGAGAAAGUUCAAUUUUUUUGUAAGUUUAUCUGUAAAAAGGUGGACCCUUUACUUUGUUUAGUAGUAAAGUUUGAAUUUUUACUUGUAUUUUGUGGUAAAAAAUUUGAUGAGAUAUUUUUUCUGGUUUGUUUGGCCUAGGUUUUCUUGAAGGAAUCAAUUGGUGAUCUCUAAGUGGAGAAAGUUCAUUUUUUAUUGUAAGUUUAUCAUAAAAAAGGUGGACCCUUUUCUUAAAUAGUAAAGUUUGAAAUUUUACUAGUGUUUUGGGGUGAAAAAAUGGCUUGUGAGGGUAGCUAUAUGUGGAGUUUGAGUGGUAUUGUGGCAGCUUUUGUUGAUCUAGCUAUAGCAUAUUUCUUGCUUUGCGCAGCAACAGUAGCUUAUUUAGCAUCAAAGUUUCUUGGUUUUUUUGGUUUAAGAUUGCCAUGUCCUUGUGAUGAACUUUUUGGUAAUGGGAAUUUAUGUUUUCAUAGACUUUUGAUUGAUUUCCCAGCUGAGAAAGUGUCUAAUGUUCAACUUUCUGUAAAAGCAAAUUUCCCUUUUAAUGAUACCAUGUGGGGAAAGGACCAGAAUUGUAAUUUGAAUUGGAGAUUAAUUGGUGAAAGGGAGAAUAGUCCUAAUAAGUAUCUUGAAAUGGGCGAUGAGGCUUCAUGUAGUUCAGUAUCAGAUGCAAGAAAGUCACAUAAUAAUAUUGCUAGGAUUGAGUUAAGUCCAAGGAAUGAAUUUGGGGCAGUGAAUCCAUUGGGUGCGAGUGGAGGAAGGCUUGGGAUAAAGGGGAAAGGGGUGAUGAAUCUGAAACAAAGAGGAGGGAUUCGUCGAAGAAGGCGUAAAGCAGCUGUUGAUUUUGGGAGAUUUUCAUCAGUUUCAUCAUAUGAUCCUCCAUGUGAAGAGUUUCCGCUUGAUCCUCCAUCUCCGCCUAGUAUUAAUAAAGAAGAUGGUUGCCACCCUCCACUUGUUAUGAGAUUGGGUGAGAGAGACAGCUUUGAAUUGAAUGGAUUUCCUGAUGAAGUUGAGCACAUCGGAAAGAACUUUGCAUCCGUUGAAGAACUGAGACAUAAUGGGGAACUCGGUUCCAACUUCGAUGAGAAAAAAAGAUUAAGACUUUUGGAACGAGCCUUAGAACACGAACAAGAAGCUCGAGCUGCUCUUUCCCUUGAGCUUGAGAAGGAAAGAAAUGCUGCCGCAUCGGCCGCAGAUGAGGCUAUGGCUAUGAUCUUACGUCUACAAGAGGAGAAGGCAUCUAUUGAAAUGGACGCCCGGCAAUACCAUAGAUUAAUUGAAGAGAAAUCUGCUUAUGAAGCAGAGGAAAUGAACGUUCUAACGGAGAUCCUGGUGCGGACAGAGAGGGAGAAACACUUUUUGGAGAAGGAACUUGAAGUGUAUAGGCAGAUGUCUUAUCUUGGAAAUGAGGAAUCAAUAGUUGAUAGUGGGAUUUUAGCGGAUGCUCUAAGACUUGCUGAUGCUUCAUCCGAUCCUACUGAGGAUCCAGUUCUUAUGCUUCAUCAGAUUAGUACAUCGUUUGAGGCAGAAAACAGGAAUUCCGUGGAGGUAAUUUCUGUUGAUAAUAAAAGUUAUACUGCUUUGGGGGGAAAGGCACCAAUACAAAAACAGAAUAAAGAUGCCAGCUCCCAAAAGCAAGUUGACCUAAGAGAGCAUUCUUAUAGCAGCCAAGAAUUUCAGGAGAAAGAGAUGGUGCUUAUGGUUUGUAUUCUUACACCUCUGAUGUAAACCAGAAGCUUCCUGAUCAUGCCAUUUCGCUUGGAGAGGAAGUGCUAAAAGAAAAUCCAGAUACAGAAACCUGUGAAAGAGCUUGUAUUAAUGUUUCUGGAAAAGACAAGUGUUUGAAGUAUCAUGAGACAGAUGGAUAUCAUGGAUUAAAAUGUCCGUGUAAUUUGACCUUGGAUAAAGAACCUCAUGUUUAUGAUGUUCAUGUCAUUGUUGAUGGAUCCAACUUUUGCAACGAAGUCAAUAGUGGUGAAUCUACGAAUAGUGCAUUAGAAUUUUCUGGAAAAACUAGUGUCCCUACUGAAGCUUCUCCUGCACAGAGGAUUAAUGUAAUUAGAGAUCGUCCAAGUACUAGCACGUUGUAUACUCAAGUGGAUCUUAAAAGCAGUGCAGACACGUCUUGUGGGCUUCCACCAGUGGGGCCACGUGGUAAACCUUUGCUAUGUGAUUUGCGGCGAAAUCCCAUGUCCUCAGUAGACAAUGAAAGACUGAAAAUUGAAACUGAAGUGGGACGGCUUCGUGAGAGGUUAAAGAUUGUGCAAGAGGGAAGAGAGAAACUUGACUUGACUUCAGAGCAUAGAGAAAGAGAAAAGAUGCAGUUAAAGCUUCUGAAGGAUAUAGCAUACCAACUUCAAGAGAUUCGGCAGCUUAAUGAACCUGAGAAGGCUGUACGACAGGCUUCCUUGCCCCUGCCGUCCUCUAAGGGCAUGUCAAAGAAAAGGCGUUCUCGAAGUGUUUCUGUAGGAAUGCAACAAAGCUCUUGAGGGGUUCAAAUGGUUCUGAGCUUGGAGUUCCUAAUACUGUGCCUUGGAUCUUCCAUCACAGUUGCUCCUAUCCGAGGAAGACAAUCCAAUUAAUGCCCCAUAUUGUUUUCUGAAGAGAUGUUGUGCAGUUAUUUGAGAACAAGUUUUGCUGGGCAAAUGACCUCUUUAAAGCAUGCAGCUGACGGUAUUAAUGUGCAACCGCUGAGGACAAACUGGGAUUGAUCCUCUAUUGGAUAAUAUGGAAGAUUAUGAGUAAGAAGGCACAACAAUUGUUAUCUUUUCACUGCUGGUAGAGAAAAGCAUCUAGCCUGCCACGAUAAGCAGCAACGAAUAAAGGGGUUUCACCUUUUGAAUUGGUCUCCCAGAUGAGUUCAGGUUCUUGUGGGUUUACCAAACACGCAAUUAUGGAGACACUUCCGAGUUCUGCUGCAAGGUGAAGAGGUGUGUUCCCUUUUUCAUUCUUCUGUUUUAAGAUACACAAUCGAUUUUCCUUUGGUAUUUUAACUACCAUAUCCUUAAUACAAUCAAGAUGAGUUUUCUGUAAAGAGUCAUCUCGAUGUGGAUGGUAAGAAGAGAUAGCUAAGUGAAGAACAGUAUCUUCAGAUUUAGUGAGUUUGGAUUCUUGGGCAAACUUGUCGUUGAUGUACAGUUGCUUAACUCCUGUCCACCUAUUCUCCAUGCAGGCUUGAAAUAAUUGAUCUUUAAUUCUUUUUUUCUCCUUUUCUUCCUCAUCGGAAGGUCGUCCCAAUUCCAUUCCUAGUACCGAAAUCUGUGGUUGAAUUUCUUGUUUUCCUCUUUUGCUCAGCCCACCUAAAGGCUCCAUUCUCACUACUUGUUAUAACUGCAGAUUAUGUUUGAUGCCACUCACCAGUCACCAAUGGCUUUAAUUUAUACUGCUAGGAGGGGCAUAUUCUUGAGAAAUAUUUGUUCACAAACCUCUACUUGUGCAUGUGUAAUGCCUUUCUAAUACCCAAAGUAUUAAAGAAUCUAAUGUUUCUACACUCAUGGUGGUGUAAAAUAACUUUUAUUCUAUCAUAUCACCUAAAAAAUAGUUACUAAUAGUCAGAGGCGGACCCAAGAUUUGAAGGUCGUUGAUAUACUUUUUGAUUAAACUAAAAUCUGUUUUGUAUAUAAGGUAAACCCCUAUUAAUAUAUCACUAGUUCCUAAAAACAUAUACAUGUAUAUAUGAAAUUUUUGUCGAACUUUACGGGUGUCGGUGACCCCUCUACCUGCCUAUUGCAUAGGUCCGCCUCUGCUAAUAAUUGUUCAUAAUAAGUGAGCUGAAUUUAGCUCAUACACCAGAAAUUUAGUUUAACACUAUCAAUGUACUUUAAUCUAUUACUCCAAGUGAUUACUUUAUUUCUAAGUUGAUAAAUAUUGUUAAGUGUUAUUAUAGUCCGUUACAUGUUGUAUGUUACUUUGGCCUUGAUGGUGUAGGAAAAAAGUCUUAUGCCGUCAGUGCACUUAAGUUAAAACUCUAGGUGAAAUUGGUGAUAUGAAAGUAAAACAGGUGAUCUCUUACCACGGGUUUGAAGACAUGAUUAUGUAAAAUUUUCAUAUAUUGUCAGGUACCUCUUACAAUAGAUUUUAGGUGAAAUGAUAGUAUAACUUUAUACAUAUUGUCAUUGCAUAUAAGUUAAAUCCGAUAAUAGGUGUUGGACAAAAUCACGAAAAUACUUGUCGCCUAAUUAACUUUUGACGAAGAAAAGCAAAAAAGUACGUUGAAUACAAUGGAAAUUAUCAGAAUGCCUUAUAGUUUUUCACUGAAAGAUUCCUCGUGCAUACGAAAAGCUCGCAUGACUUCUUUUUUUGUGACACUGCGUGGCUAUUUAUCUAAAAGUUUAAGUUGUUAAAGAGCGUAUUACUUAUGGCUUAAACACACGCUUUCAUCACGUGAAUUUUUUUUGUGAUAAUGGGUGGCGGUGAGAUUUGAACGUGAGACGUCUGCCUGCUAUUAUAUCAUAUUGAAUUGUGUGACAAUCUCACCUACACGUUUAAGCUGUUAAAGAUGGUAUACUUUUUAUUUACUUAAUUUUAUCUUCUAACAUUGUUAAGUGUUCUACAUUGGUUGAAGAUAUGAGGGGUUGACUUCGACAAUCGUGAUGGUAUAAAAAAAAAAAGGACAGUCCGGUGCACUAAGUUUUCGCUAUGCGCGGAGUUCAGGGAAGGGAGUUACCACAAGGGUCUUAUCAUAUAUACGCAGUCUUACCUUGUAUUUCUGCAAGAGGCUGUUUCCACGGCUCAAACUCGUUUCCUGAUCAUAUGACAAUCGUGAUGGUAUACUUUCUAUUUUUUAAAUUUUUUCUUCAACAUUGUUUAAGUGUUCUAUAUUGGUUGAAGAUAUGAGAUGUUGUCUCCGACAAUCCUCGCAUCACGAGCUACUUGUUGGGGAUGAGUUAGGUCCAUGUUCAUUUUCUUUACACUUUUGUCAUGCAAAACUCAAGGGUAAUCUCCUUUCUCUUUGAAGCAAGACCUCUAGUCAUUUGUUCCCUUCUUGCUGCUAUCACCAAAGCAUCUCUCUUUUGCCUCCUGACUUUAUAGUACACUAGAAUUGCUACUCCAGUAGAAAUUCUUUUAUUUUUUGUCCUGCUUGAAUCAUAAGUUUUUCUUGCAUUUUCAUCUUAUUGUCUUAGAAUAAUAACUUGUUACUGAUUUCGCUUCGAUGUUCUUAUAACUUGAUA